UCGCUUUUACAGAAGACACUGUCCUUAGGUGAGUUGCUCUGGAACUGGAGAAGUUGGAAACUUCAGACCACAGAACCUCAGAGAAGACGAUGAAUAUUCUGUCAAACUCUGUGAUGCGGCCCCAGGAGCAGUCGCUGCCACUCUGUGUAAGUGGCUCGGUCCAGGACUUACCUCACUGCCCCACCACAGGCUUCAGCCUCAGUGCCCACAUAAAUUCCGGGCCUGUACUUGGUCUCCAAAGUGGCCAGAGGUCAACCAAACCUCAGAGGGAGCUGAGCCCCAAGGAGCAGCAGGAGCUGAGAAGAAAAAUCAACAGUCGGGAGAGGAAGCGAAUGCAGGACUUGAACAUAGCCAUGGAUGCCCUGAGAGAGGUCAUGGUCCCUUACGCCUGCUCACCUUCUUCUGUGUCCUCCUCACAGCCACACCACCCUGGAGCUUCUCCUGGUCGCAGGCUGUCCAAGAUUUCCACACUGGUCUUAGCCCGGAACUACAUCCUCCUCCUGGGUUCUUCCCUGCAGGAGAUGCGGCGGCUGCUGGGGGAGGUGAGUGUUGGUAUGGGGAUGAACACUGGACCAGUGCCCCGUCUUCUGCUCACAGGAGGGUGGCCUCUCAUCUCUAACCAUGGCCAGCUCCUCCUCAGACAAGAAUCUCUCCUUACUUCAUCAGCUUCCACCUCCUCCUCUUCCUCCCCUUCAUCUUCACCAGCUAAAUGUCCCCUCCUUUCUCCUGGCCCCAUGGAGGCCUCACUGACUCCUGUGCAGUGGAGCUCCUUAGGCAUCUCUGGAGGGCCUCAGUGCCCCUGCGGAGUCUGCAGACUACCAAGAUUCAGCCAUUCUGCUCCAGCUCCAAGGUUCCCAAAGUGAUCAGACGCGUCUCUGAAAGAA